AUGUCAGCAUCAGCUAGUCAAAAUGAAGGCUUUAUUGAAGUCAAAAUUGAUGAAGAACCUGAAGUAAAAGGAAACGAAAAAAAAUCCGAGGACAAAGACGAUGAAACGAACACUGACGAAGAAGAUGAGAUGCCUUCAAAAUAUUUUGCUAUUAGUCCGGAAGGUGACUUUGCAGUUGAAUUUAUAUUAAAGGAAGAUUUUGAAUUCGAAUUGCAAAUGUAUACUAUUGAAAAAUUGGAUAAUAAUGAAGGCUUACCAUCAACAAGCGAUUCGGUGAUGAAGGAUGAUUUAAAAUUAGAGAAUGAUAUAGAUCUAGAAGAUGACAAGAAAACAUCAUACAGGGAACUUUCCAGUAUUCCUACUUCCUUUAAAUUUACCGAUAAGCAACUAAAUUUAAUUAAGAAUGAACAUGAAAACAUAUUUAGUGCCGUAUCAGAUAAAUCAACUAGCUUACCAGAAUAUAGAUUAUUAGCAAUAUCCUUUAUUAACAUUAAGGAUAUGAAGUAUUAUAGGGAAAGCACUAAUGGAAUACACCCAAUAGAAACUCUUAAUCACGGUUUUACUUUUGUUUUCAUGAUCAAGAAUGAAGAUUAUUCAAUUAACUAUAUUAAAGAAUUACAGAUUGAAUAUGGCGGGAUAGUCAAAUUAUUUUCUAAAAAUGACAAUAUAAUUGACGGGCACCUUCUUAUUAUUUUGGCAAUUUCGGGGAUUUACAAGUAUCAUGUGAAUAUGAAUAAAUUUCUUAACAUUAAUUAUGUACAAAAGUUAAAAUAUCCAAAAAGAAUAUAUAAUGCUAUCAUUUAUAAUACAGAUGUGCUCUUUAGUAUUGGUUAUGAAUACGAUAAAGCAUGCUACAACGCGUAUGAUUCUUUAUGCGGGUAUAUUAAAUAUUGCAUAAAUAAGCAUUAUUUUUUGGUAGAUACUAUAAACGGAGAAAUUGGAUAUAUAGAACUUUAUGAUUUAAAAACAAACCAGUUAGUAAAUAUCUUUCAAAGACAAAUUUUAUUCAAAUCGAUAAUUAUAGAUAUUCCUACUUUAUCAUACGCAAUAUCAAACAAUAACAAAUUAUUAGCAUAUGUGUCUUUAUCCAUUAAAGGGAUCGAAAUAUAUUCUAUUGAAUGCGGCCUUAAAAUAGCAGAGCUUGUAGAUAUUCUAGAUAUAGAAGGCUUAGAAAAAGAAAUGUUUAUUAAUUUUUUUCAUAAUGACGAGAUGCUAUUUAUAUAUCUUUCAAAAGAAGAAUGGACUGUCUGGAAUAUUUUCUCCUCAUUACAAGAUUCUGUUCAAUUAGAGGAUCCAGGAUUUAUAUUAGAACUCCCAUUAGUAAAUUUUGAUGGACAUCAAAAAAUAGAACGAUCAAAUUCAUUCAUGGUCGUUGAUAAGGAUGACAAACUGGCUAUUUACGAUGAUUUGAUCGUAAAUAAAUACUUAAAACAUUUAAAACAAAAAAGUAAACAAGAUUGGAAGCAACUAUCAAGUGAAUAUUUUUCAAGAGAUGAUCUCGAAAAUAAGAUCCGAGAUCUUCAUGAUGAUGAAUCAGAAUUAGAUGAAUAUUAUCGGAUUCUUGAUCCCUAUGGAUAUUCUCAAUAUUCGUUUUAUCUUGAUGAGAAAAAAGAAAAGCUGCUUUUAAUUGAAGAACAAACACUUCAGGUUUGGCAUAAUCAAGUAAAAAUAACAAGCAUCAAGUACUGUAUCGGAAAAUUUGAGCUUAAACUUAAGUUUAGCAUUCAAAAAACUGAUGAUGUCGAGGGUUCACAUCAAAUUGAAAUGGAAGAUAAAAUUGAAGUAGAGAAAGAUGAAAUUAAAAUGGGAGAUGAAAUUAAGAAAGGUGAAAAUAAAACAAAAGCUGAAAUUAAGAUAGAAAGUGAAAUUAGAAUGGAAGAUUAUUAUAUUAUGAAUGUAGCAAAAUAUUCUUGUUAUUCGCUUGAAAUUUUAUCUAACCUCAAAAAGUUUGAACAGUUUUUUGAUAAAGAUAGAAAAUUAAAAUUCAACAAUAUCAUUCAACAAACACGAAAAAUAAUUUUGAGAUUUAUUAGAUUACAUCCAUCUGCUUGGCGAUUGUUAGAUAUCCGCUUUGAUUUAAUGAGUGUUCUUAUUAGAGCGAAGGAAUAUGAACUUGUAAAUGACAUUCUAUCUUUUGGAGAAUUGGUUCAUAUUUUGCUUGAUUACUAUUCUAAUAAUGCAGUUGACAACCUUGGAUUGAUGAAUACAGUUGCAGACAUCAUACCGGAAUUAUUUGAAAGUUUUUAUACCUACAGUAUAACACAGUUGGUUCCACAAGAUUCUAAGUUGGAUCUGCGAGAAAUCGAUUAUGAUAAAAUUGUCGAUAUUCGGAUGGUACCUUUACCAGAUUUCGCCACCAACAAAAGAAUAUUAACAGAUUCAAGAGAUAUAAUAGAAAGAAAACUUAAAAAUUUUAUAAAAUUUUUAAUUUUUCCUAGUCAAUAUUCAUCUUUGAAAGAGGAGGAUCACAGUCCCUUUGUUAAACUCAUAAUAAACUGUGAUUAUAAUAUUCGUGAGAUUAUAUAUGAAAAUCCAUCAAUGGGUGCAGUCAUGAAUUGGAUGUG